AUUAAAAUCUAAAUGCUGCAAUUCUUGAUUUUUUUCUGAAAUUACUUAUAACAACAUUUAAGAAAUUAUAUUUUUACUUACAAUAAGUCAGAGAAAUCCGCCAUGUUAACUACUUGGUGAUUAGCUGCUUUCAGAAAACCGAGUGGUAAAUUUCUCUGAACAAAUCUAGAAUUUAUACCCUGCAAAUUAAGCAAAUGUCACGCAUUAAACCGAUUUUUGCGACUUUCUUUUUUAUGGGGCUGGGGUGUACCCUCCAAAGGUAAAAAAAAUCGUGAGGAUAUUAAAAUUAGAGGGUGAGGUUAAACAUCUACAGGAAAUCAUGUUUUCUGUGUCAAUUAAAAGAGUGUCACCUGAUUAUGGUAAUUAAUCAUCAUUGUAUCCCCUGUACUAUUUCAUAUAAAUUAACCCUGUAAUUUUUUUCUCAUUCAAAAAUCCCCGCCCGGUCAUGACAUACUUGUACCUGCGCAAAAAAAAAAAACGAACCUGUAACGGGAUGACACUCGUAAUUAAUCAUUCAAGCAGUUGUGUAUCAAAAUAGCAUAAUGAUUAAAAUAAGAAAUUUUUCUUAUGACUAGUGUAACGCAUGCACGUCUCCUUUUAUCACUGGGGAAAUUAACACGCAAAAAUGUUAAUAACAUAUUUUGUAAAGGAUACCCAUAAAAACUUUUCUUUCUUAUUUUGUAUUUUAAAUAAAUGUAGUUAACUUUUAAUUUUUUUCAUAAGAACCUCUUUUUAAAAAAAGUAAUGGUUGCUUAUACAUGUACCCUCUCCCGAUUUAAGAUGAAAAAUAAGAGAUCUGUAGGUAGGUUGUAUAAAAAUUCUCAGAAAAUUUCAAUGUUAAUAUUUUUUAAUUGAUCGUCGAGAAUACAUAAAAAAAUAAUUUCUUCCUAGGAGUUAAAAAGAAAAACAAUCGGUUUGUUGUUAUUAAGCUGAGCCUGUCAUCGGCUUUAAUUUAAUAAACAAAAAAGUCCCGCGUUUUUUGUUCAGCAACGGCGCGUUUUUACCAAAUAAGGGUAUUCACGAUGUCACAUGUCAUAUGACCAUCUUGCACACGCUGAGUUUCAGAGGGAAAAAUCGGACGGGGGAGCCAUGACGGUUUACUUCAACAUGACUUUAGUCGUGAAACUUUUGACCAUUUUGUCGUUAUUUUUGCCAACUGGGUCUGCCUAUCCACAGGCAUGUGGAUUGUGUCUUGCAAGGAGAGGAAUCGCUAACUGCUUGGACCAGGGUGUCUUUUCCUGCAUUAGGAUUCUGAAUCCUGAUGGCGGCCGCGUGAGGGAGGUAUUUGUACCACGGUGCAGCCAAAAGAUUGAGCCUGCUUAUUUGCAGACAGUGACCCGUUCAAUUGGAAAACGAUGUCAUGCAAGUAAGUUACUUUAUAUGUACACCGUGUGUAGGUGAAGAAAUAGUAUAAUUGUUUAUAUGAACGAAUUUAUUUUUAUUAGACUUUAAAUGCAAUAUUGUAAAUUUAUAUACAUUUAAUAUUAUGAAGGAUUAGGAUGGGCUUUUUAAUUGAAAUCUAGAAGUUCGUUGACAGUCAAAUUCACUCCCUCACCAGAGGGCGUGCUACACAGUAUGUUGAAGCGAAAGGGAACGACAACUCUAUAGAAUGUCUAAUUUUAGCAAGGGAACCCCUGUUCCGGUUAACCUAUAAUGCACUUUUACAAAGAUACUUAGGUGAGCUAGCGCUAUUGCCAACAUGAUUUAAUUUUCGUAAUCAGUAAUUAUUAAGAUGGUACACUGAAAUUGUGAUGUGUGGUGGGGGUAUAACGGUGCUUAUGUACAGGUUGAAUAACAUAACAUAGAAAUGGAAAAGACCGAGUCUAUUUUUAGCACGGGAACUUUUGUUUGGGAUGUCCCAUAAUGCACCUUAUCUGAAAUAUAGAGAAACGCAUAGGUAUCCCAUUUCCCCAAAGGGUUCAAAUCAUGACCGAGGUAAGAUAAAUCCCGAAUUCCCCUUUGAAUUUGGGGCGUUUCCGUCUAAGACAGGGACUGCUUUUUUAUGAGAUGAAAAACAAUGCGUCUGACUGUCCCAGGUUUGUGAUAAUGCGAGGUCAUUUGAAUUUUUACGGAGGGGGUGAAAAGACCAAGGCUUGAUUUCAAACACACAUAAACAAAUGGCUAUAAAAUUGUUUAAGAUAAGUAUUAUUUUAAAAGAUGUAAAGAUUUUUAUUUACAAAUAGAGAAUAUUUUUUUUCAAUUGUGUUUCUUUCUAUAUUUUCCUGUCGACUGUUUACACUUAUGAUAAAAAAAUAACAAGAUGUCAAAUUAACCAGAUUCAUAAAGUGGAAUUCACCAGAUGCAAGUUCACUAUAUACACAAGAUGCCAAGUUGACUUGUUACCAGUACCCUCAAACUACCCCUCACAAAAAAAAACUGCACUUUCAAAUUUCAGUAAUGGCUACAUAUUUGUUUUGAUAUGUUAUAGGUGUGUCAUCCUUGUCCACGAUGACUGGAACCAUUACAUCUACAAAAACAACCAAAGAGACUGUGACAACCACUACCAGUCCAUCUACGAGAACGAGAACCACCAAAGAGACUGUGACAACCACUACCAGUCCAUCUACGAGAACGAGAACCACCAAAGAGACGGUAACAACCACUGCCAGUCCAUCUAUGAGAACGGGAACCACCAAAGAGACGGUAACAACCGCUGCCAGUCCAUCUAUGAGAACGGGAACCACCAAAGAGACUGUGACAACCGCUGCCAGUCCAUCUAUGAGAACGGGAACCACCAAAGAGACUGUGACAAUCGCUGACAGUCCAUCUAUCCAGCAAAAGCAGACUCAGGGUAUUGAUGUUGAUGGUUCACAGAAGAAUAACAAAGAUGUGUUCCUUACGACGGAGAUGAAAGGUAUGCUUGCAUGGGCAGUCGUGUCUACCAUACUAAUUAUCCUGAUCCUGAUAAAAAGAUGGUUAUUAGAAAAAUGCCAAUUCCAUUGCCCACAAGCACCCACUCCCAAUGAUCAGUCAACACCUGCUUCACAACCACCACCCGCUGAAUACAUUGAGCUGUACACCCCACAAUCACAUGACACAACCCCCAUCACCCCUGAAACACCAGCAACUGUUACCUCAGUGAAACCGCUUUUAACUCCAAAGGAGGAGGCAGUUGCCAACAAUACCAGGUCGAAGACUGCAAAGAAGCAGCUGAAGUUGUAA